AUGGCCACUCUUGAUGCUAAUAGCUUCCCAAAUGUCGACCACGACGGUAUUUUGCACCAAAGUAUGUCCGACAAAGGUCUUUCAGUUGCUCCCGCAGAAAUCUCCGCUGCGGCUCAAGCGUCGGUGGGCAUAGGAGACCAUAUCGAUGUGGGCGAGAAUGCCACCAAGACGAAUACGCCGCAACCCGAAACACAAAACGAACCUAUAAUGCUCAACGAGACAUACGGCGGUUCAACCACAGCUGUCGAGAUAUCGUCCAAUGACAACCCUAUUCCCCGACAAGAUGAGCUGGCUGGAAAGAGUGUCCCCUCUGAGAAAGGCGACAAGAACCCCGACCCUCCUCCACCACCUCGAGAAGAUGAGGUGGCCGGUCUGUAUCACGAAUCUCAGAGAAGUACGUCGUAUCUAAGUAUGAUGAACUGGAUUGCAUCGCCCGGCCCUGGAAGAAAUGCUGUAUUUGGCUUAUUUGAGCUUGUGCGAGGGGUUGACGAGCGACUUCAAAUCAUCGAGAAGAAAUUGCACACCAAUCAAGAGACUAUCAAAGACCCCCACAACGAAGUUAUACCGCCAGAUGAGACUGGAAGUGCCGAUCCCAACAACGUAAGAACUGAGGUCAAGUUCUUUGAAGCAGGUGUGGAGGAUUUCUACCAAGACGGCAGUCUUCAAGACAAUGCUACGGAUUAUGGGAGGUUCUCCUCCAGCAAAGACCAUCCGCAGGUGCUUCGAGUGCUGUACAACAAGCUGUCGGACCACAAGACCAUCGACAAGAUCAACCCAGACCCUGCGCAAAUUGACAUCAUCUACCUCAGCAUUCUCUCCGAACCUAUUUCGUCUUUUUUUAGGGAUGUGUUAGGUCUCGACUGCGGCCCUGGCUACAACUGCAUCCGAUUCUCCAAGCCCUUUCGCCCAUUGAUCCGAAACCUUAAACCGCUAAGAGAUCAUCUCGCGAAUCUUAGAAAAGCAUGCAGGAAUCUUGAACUGAACCAGAAACCGGAAGAAGUCACUACUGGUACCAGCGACGAAGUGCCAUCUGUUGAAGGCGACAUCGCGGCUAAAGAUGAGACCGCCGAGCCCGUUUCAACAUUUGCAGUUUCCGUAGAAGAUAUCUCUCCUGACUCACCCGAGCAACUUGAAAAGUCGUUCCGGCGGCCUUCCUCUCUUUCUCAUUUCAAGGCGAUUGUUGGAUUUGUGGAGCAAUACUUGGAUAAAUCUGUGGCGACGUACGAAAACCUCAAGUCUGGUAGGGAUGACAAGGUAGCGUUCGAAAACCUAUGGAUGCUGUUCGACGCCGGGACCACGAUAUAUUGCCCUUACAGAAACGGGGCGGAAACCUUCUACACUUAUGAGGCGCUCAGCGAGCGAACGGAUAGCAUAGCAGUCUCCCAUGACAUGACCUACACCCGCGCCAGGUCCUCACCCCAGGCGUACUGCGUUCUCGCCGCAAGGGGCGGCGUUCCUCUGAAGAAAUCGCUUAUGCCAGGCGGUAUCGAGGAAGACGAUGAGGAGAACGAUUUCUUCCAAAACAUCGACGUCUUGCUUCGAUGGGAGCAACUGGAGCUCCUCCGACAGAGAGAAUCCCCGGGGAAUCGCAAAGAUGCGGCACAGCCGGCUCUGGGACGGCAAGGAAUUGGUGGCGCGCCAAUCCGACGGACCAAGAACGCCAUGUCAGGAUUGAUCAUUGCCUGUUUCAGCAUCGAGUAUGACGGCUAUAGAUACGGUCCCCAGAGAGAGCUGUUCGAGAUCAAGCCCUACGACGGCUUGAAAGAUGUACGCAGCAUGGAAAUCUUUCCAGUGAAGUACUUGAACGAUUCAGAGAUGGGUCGUCUCCUUCAAAGAGGCAGAAAGUUUGUCGACCUCGCAAACAACGCCCAUAUGUCUUAUGAAGGCACCACCGCCGGCAAAGCCCGCGAGACGAUCAACUCCGAUGUUAUCGUUGACUUCAAAAUUGCGUUUGAACAGGGUACCGACCUUCCUGACGUUUCCGAAAUUAAACCCAUCAUUUCGAAUGAGAUCCAAGACCACUGGCCAGUGAUUCCCAGUAGAGGACAGGUGGAAGUUCACGACUGGUACGAGCAUGAUGCAGUGGAAGGCGAUGAGGUUGUCAUCCAUCGUUGGUGCUACGAAAUGUCUUGUCAAAAGCCAACGUAUUACGCCCAUCAGGAUGCGCAAGGUCAGAAAGUUCUAAGAAAGCUAUGGCUGUUAUUCGACAGCCAUGCGUCACCAAGCGCGCAGACAAGGAGGGCCCGGGAAGAGCUCAAGUUAUAUCUUGAGGAAAGCAACCUCAUGGGACUUUUCCCCGGAGUCGUUCCCGGAUACGCCCUGCGAAACCGCAAAUGGGGUACGUCAGAACCAAUAAAGAUACACACCUCCCCAAGGAUAUUUCUUGUUCGAAGCCGGGCUGACCUGUUCAUUUCCUCAGUUCAACUGGACUUGGACCGACUUCAGGUCAUUCACCACGGCGACGAAUGGAACAAUCUCGUUUUGCCGAAAGGCCACAGAGAGAUGGUGCAGGCCAUGGUUGAGUCGUACACCAAAAGGUCAGACGGGUCCCAGCCGACACAUAACGAAGUUCCUGACAAGAUCGAUUUGGAUCUUGUUCGAGGAAAAGGCAAAGGAUGCAUCAUUUUGCUCCACGGUGCUCCCGGAGUCGGAAAGACUUCCACUGCUGAAUGCGUAGCGGCGUACACUAAACGGCCCUUGUACCCGAUUACCUGUGGUGACAUUGGGCACCUGCCGGAGGUUGUUGAAGCAAAUUUGGAGAAGCACUUCAAAUUAGCCCACAAGUGGGCUUGUGUUUUGCUUCUAGACGAAGCAGAUGUGUUUCUUGCGAAGAGAACUAAAACCGAUGUGAAACGGAAUGGACUCGUGUCGGGUAGGUCAAAGAAGAUCAAGUGCCGUGUCUUGUCGGACAUGCUGACAAUGGGCCUAGUUUUCCUCCGCAUUCUGGAAUAUUACCCGGGGAUCCUAUUCCUGACAACCAACCGGGUUGGCGCCAUCGAUGACGCAUUCCGCUCGCGACUUCAUCUCACGCUGUACUAUCCGAAGCUUGUGGAGAAGCAAAGCAUCAAGAUCUGGAAGAACAACAUCAAGAAGUUGAAAGAGGUCAACGAGCAUCGGGUCAGCAGAGGCCAGCUGCCCAUCAAGUACGACAAGAACGAGAUCAUCAAGUGGGUCAAGCUCAACUGGGAGAACCUCCAAUGGAACGGGCGUCAAAUCAGGAACGCAUUCCAGACCGCGAUUGCGUUGGCGGAAUUCAAGGCCCAGUCCCGGAAGUCCAGCAAGCGAACAAGCCAGGACCCUCCGUCACCAGAUCCCAAGAGCUCCAAGCCACCUGUUUUGAACCAGGACACUUUCCUCUUGAUUGCAGAGGCCUCGAACCAGUUCAAUGACUACCUCCUACAGACGCACGGUCAGGAUGAGGAGACGACCGCUUCCAGAGACCAGAUGAGGCCGGCCAACUUCAAGAUGAAGCCGACGAGAAUCAAGAGGGUGGAAUCUUCCGAGUCAGACACGAACAGCGAUUCGAGCAGCCAUUCAGACUCUGGUACUGAGUCGGACGAGAGUGAUGUUGCGGGGUCCUCUGAUUCCGACUCGGAAACGGAAAAGAAAACUAAAAAAGCUAAGAAGAUGAAGAAAGGAAAGAAGGCGAAAGCAAAUAAGAGCAAAGACAAAGCCGAAAGGGACAAGGAGGACGGGGCAUCGUUAGAAGAAGAAGGAGAAAAGAAAAAGAAGAGGAAGAAGAAAUCAGUGGAUUGA